AUGGCAGCAGCAAUGACAUUAACAAAUAAAUCUUCAAUUGUUAAUAAUUCAUCAAAACAUUCAUCACCAAUAAUUAAUCAACGAGAAUCAUAUUCUCCAGCUUCAUCAACUACACUUUCACCUGAAUCAACAAAUUCAAUUUCAUCACCUGAUAAAUCAUUUGUAUUAAAUGAACAACAACAACAACUUCAACAACAAUCAAUUCGUCUUGUUGAUUACUUUGUAGUUUGUGGAAUAAAUAAAUAUGUUGAUGUUGAACCAUCAUCAGAUAUAACUGGUGAACAAAUCUUAAAUCCAUUUCAAUGUUCAUAUCGUGGUCGUGUUCUUUAUCAUUAUCCGAAUGACGUAUUAAAUAAUCCGUUUGAUGAAGAUGCUAUUAGUCGAUUAUCAAUGCCAGAUGGUGUUUCUAUUCGAUUAAAUUCUCCUGAUCCACCAACAACACAUCCUUUUUUAAUAACACGUCUUGAUGGAACACGUUAUUAUGGUGUUGCAUUAACAUUUUAUGAACAAUUAGAUAAUAAUAAUGAUGAUGAAAUCUAUACAGAAAAUUCAUCUUCAACAGCAUUUAUUUCUUUAAAUCGUUUAAUUGAAAAUUAUAAUCGAACAAGUCGACAUCAACAACGUCGAUCAUCAUCAUUAAUAAUUUAUGCAAGCAAAGUUAUUUGUUUAAUUGGUCCAUUAGCUCAUUAUUCAACAUUUAAACGUAUUUUAGAACUUCUUUAUCGUAUGACAAUUGAACAUGAUCUAUUAGGUUUACCAUUUGAAGCACAUUUAUAUAAUAUAUUACAUGAAUUACAUAUACCAUCUCCAUCAUUAUCACAUUCAGUUUUAAAAUUUAAUGUAGGUGAAAGACAAUUAACUGUUUGGCAACCAAGUAUAAAUGAUGAUGAUUUACCGUUAUUAGAUUUUAAUUUAUUAGAAUUUUUUUCAUUAUUGGGUGUUGAAGGUGUUAUUGAUCUUGUUACAUGUGCAUUAUUAGAACAUCAAAUUAUUCUUAAAUCUUCAGAUUAUACUCGUUUAAUGCUUGUUGCUGAAUGUUUAACAGCAUUAUUAUUUCCAUUUCAAUGGACACUUCUCUAUGUUCCAAUUGUAUUUACUGCUGCACUUGUUUGUCUUGAUGUACCAGUUCCGGCAAUAAUGGGUCUCCGUAUAAAUAAAUCAAAUGCAAAUAAAGAUAAUGAUAAUGAUGGUGAUGAUAAUGCUGAUGAUGAUGAUGAUGAUGGUUAUAGUGAUACAAGUGAUGAUGCAAAUUUUGAAGUUCAACGAUGUGUUGUUCAUAUUGAUACUGGACGUAUUCAAUUACCUGAUGAUAUGCCACGUUUUCCUGAUCGUUCUUGUUUCCGUAGUGAAUUACAUGAUAUUUUAUCACGAUUUGAUAAUUAUUUUAAUCGUGAUUUAACAACUGUAGAUUAUUUAAAAAAACAACGAAGAAUUCAAGGUAGUGAAGAUUGGACACAUGUUGAUAAUCAACAAAUAAAAAACGAAUCAAAAGAUGAACCAAGUCAAGCAUUAACAAGAUUAUCUGCUAUAGCUAAACGUGCUGGAAUUGUUCUUAAUAAUAAUGAAGAUGAUAAUAGUAAUGAACCAUUAUGUUUAUUUAAUGAAUUUGAAAUCAAUCAAAUCUCAGCAAAUAAUUGUUUACGUUCAUCAUUUGUAAAUCGUUUUGCUCAAUUAUUUAGUCAAAUGGAUGCAUUUAUAUGUUAUCCACCAUCAGGAAAAUAUUCUAAUAUUGAUCAAUGGUUAGCACAACGAAGUACAACAAAAAAUUUUGAUCGUACAAUGUUUAUUGCUGAUCAACCUAAACCACAUGUGCCAUUUUUACUUGCCUUUAUGGAAACACAAUCAUUUGUUUCAUUUGUUGAUAGUAAAAUUGCUGCAAGAUUUAAUGAAGAUAAUCUAUGUUUUGGUUUAACACAUAAACAUUUACAAUUUUUUUCUGAUCGUAUUCGUUUAUAUCGUGAUCGUCGUGAUUUAACUUAUCAACCAUGUACAUCGAUUGAUUUAAUUGAUAAUAGAACACGUCUUCGUUUUACUUCACCAUUUCCAUCUUCAUUAAUUAUAGUAAAUGCAUCUAUAGUUCGUCCAUUGAAUACUUCAAUAUCAACAUCGAAUAAUUGUUAUCUAUUUGAAAAUCUUAAUGGAAAUAUACUUGAAUCAUCAUCAUCCGUAGCAGUAAAUAUAUCUUCACCAUUAUCUAGUGGAAUUUCUAAGAGAAAUUCACGUUUAACUCGAUCAUUUCAAAGUAAACAUACACCAAGACGUGUUACAAGAAUUAAAAAACAACAGACACUUGCUACAGGUGAACAUCAACAACCAGUUGUUCUUGUUGAAAAUGAAGUUGUCUUUCAACAAUUACUUAAAGAAUGUACUACGAAAACAAAACGAAUGGUUAUUGAAAAAAUGGAAGAUAUUGUUGAAGGUUCAUCACCAAUAAAAAAUAAUGAGUCAACAUCAAUGGUUAAUUUAGAAGAAAAUGUCUUAAUAGCUGGUUUCUGUGAUUUACUUGAACGUAUUUGGUCACAUGGACUUCAUCAUAGACCAAGUGGAAAAUCUGCACUAUGGAAUCAUAUUAAAUGUUAUGUUAAACUUAAAAAUUAUGAAUCAGCACAAAUAUCUCAUGGCGGGCUUCCAGUAAAUUAUACAAAAGAUGAAAAUCCAGCAUUAGUUUGGUGUUUAAUGAGAAAACAAUUAGUAAAUCGUAGUGUAUCAGCAACUCGAUCAGAAUCUCCCGGUGGUCAUCGUUCUCAUACUCUUCCACGUCCUCAAAUGAGUCAACAUCAACCACGUUCAUCACCUAUAUUAUCAAUGACAAAUUCAACAUUAAGUCUUCUUCCAUCCGAUAAUCUAAUGAAAAAUCAUCCAUCCAGUACAUCUUUACUUUAUGAUUUUCGUUCCAUUGAAUUAUGUUUUGGACACAAUCCAGUGUCUCUCUCAGCAUCUGAAAUAGGUUUUGCACGUGCAUUUGUUCGCUUAGCACUUGAACGUCGUCUAUUAUCGCGCCAUUUAUCUGAAUUAUUUUCUCAUAGUGAUCUAUUACAAGCCUUAUAUAAACGUGAUGCAUUUUUACGUGCAGACGAUGGAGAUCUACGAAAACAAUUUUUAGCACAUGUUGAAUCUCUUCAAUUACUUGAUUAUAAAUGUUUUUCAAAUUCAUAUGCAGACAUUGAUAUUAUUUAUCAUGUUACCAUUGUUCCAACUCGAGCACGAACAACAGGAAUCUCUAGUACAACAACGGCCAAUCCAUAUAUUGCUGUAGCUGGAAUUUUGGGAUCAACAAAAGUUAUACCUUUACCAUCAAAGAAUACACCUGAAGUUAAAUUUAAACAUAAAAAUUUAGGUCAAUUAACAACACUUCGAAUAGGACAUGAUAAUACUGGUUUAAUGCCUCGAUGGAAUCUUGAUCAUGUUCUUGUUCGAAAUCAAUUAACUAAUAAUGUCUAUCGAUUUCCAUGUGGACGAUGGUUAGGUAAAGGUGUAGAUGAUGAUAGUUUGGAACGACUUCUUUUUGUUGAUACAACGGGUUCAUUUGAAAUGAAUGAUAAUCCUACGAAUGGAACAUUUGAAUCAGGAUCACCAUCUCAAUUAAUGACAACAAGUAUGAUCAGUGGUGGAUCUCAAUUGAAUCUCUCAGUUGCAGGACGAUCUCGAUCACCUAGUUUACGACGUGCAAAUGAUCAAAAUUCUGUCUUCAGUUGGUUUUCGGAAAAUUUUCAUCGUCAAAACCCAUCAAAUCAACAAGCUGAUGAUAUUUAUGAAUUAUUAGGUCGAUCUAUUAAUCAACUUGUGAAAUAUUUUGAUGACCCUGAAAAGAAAAGAGGAUUAAUAACACCAAUAUUAUGUGGUGAAGAUGGUCUUGUUAAUGCAUUAGAAAAAACUCUUUCUUAUGGUCUCAAGAAACCCACUAGUAAUUUAUCAUUUUUUGGUGGUGGACGAAAACGUUAUGUGUGGGACUUUUUAAUUAAAGUAUGUGAUGAAUAUGAUGCCCGUCGAUCUCAAUGGCAACGUUCGGAAAGGGAAAAAGCUAUUAUAUGUUAUAUAAAUGGUGUUCGAUCUAUUGAAAAAGCUCUUGCUACAUUUGGUAAAGAUGGUCGAUUUCAAAGUUGGUGCUGUUUCGCGUGCAAACUUCAUUUGUUAUCAGAUUGGUUUCGAUUAUUGAGUCAAUGUAGUGAUGCAUGUCUAACACAAUUUUAUGAUCCAUUGAAUAAUUGCUUUCGUCAAAAGAAACUAAAUCAAUUUAUUAACAAUAUUUUAGAGCCUGUUAAAGAUUUCGAUUUUGCUCAUUUGGAACCAGCAUUACUUAAAGGUCUUGCUGGUGUUUAA